UCCGUUCACCCGCCUUCCGAAGGCGGGGCUGCCCGGACGGCGCGCGCGCGCGCCUUAGGAACCGGGAAGGACGUUGCGUCUCUACCGCCCCCUCGUUCAAGCUCGUCUGUGCGCGGUCGGUCGGUGGCGCUGAGGGCAGAAUGGCUGCGGAAACGGAAGAAGCCAAGCUAGCCCGGGCGGCCGCUGCUCAGUGGCUGCUCUGGGACAAGAAUCCCAAAACCUCAGAAAUAGUAAAACAGCUGGUUGCAAAAGGAGAUACGGAAGAACUCCGACAAUGUUUUGGUUCACGAAUGGAAUUCGGGACUGCAGGGCUCCGAGCAGCUAUGGGAGCAGGAACAUCUCGGAUGAAUGAUUUGACUAUUAUUCAGACUACUCAGGGCUUCUGUAGAUACCUCGAAAAGAGCUUCAGCGACCUAAAGAAAAGAGGAGUUGUGAUUGGCUAUGAUGCUCGCGCUCAUCCUUCAAGUGGGGGUAGCAGCAAAAGAUUUGCAAGCCUGGCUGCAACAACAUUUAUCAGUCAGGGUGUUCCUGUGUACCUUUUCUCCAGUAUUACACCAACUCCUUUUGUGCCUUAUACAGUGACUCACCUGAAACUUUCUGCUGGAAUUAUGGUUACUGCAUCUCAUAACCCCAAACAAGAUAAUGGAUACAAGGUUUAUUGGGAAAAUGGCUCUCAGAUCAUUGCACCUCAUGACAAAGGAAUUGCUCAGGCUGUUGAAGAAAAUCUAGAGCCAUGGCCUCAAGCUUGGAAUGACAGCCUUGUUGAUAACAGUCCCCUUCACCAUGAUCCUUACACAUCUAUUAAUAAGGAUUACUUUAAAGACAUACAGAAGCACUGCUUUCACAGGAAUAUAAACAAGGAGACAAAGCUGAAAUUUGUCCAUACUUCUGUGCAUGGCGUAGGCCACGAGUUUGUGCAGUCAGCCUUUAAGGCAUUUGACUUUAGCCCUCCAUUUGCUGUUGCUGAACAGAAGGAGCCUGAUCCAGAAUUUCCAACAGUAAAAUAUCCAAAUCCUGAGGAGGGUAAAGGCGUACUGACACUGUCUUUUGCUUUGGCUGAAAAAGAAGGAGCUCGGAUUAUUUUAGCCAACGAUCCAGAUGCUGAUAGACUUGCUGUUGCAGAGAAACAAGAAAGCGGAGAAUGGAAAGUGUUUUCUGGCAAUGAGUUGGGAGCUCUUUUAGGCUGGUGGAUCUUCACUUGCUGGAAAAAGCAGAAUCCGGAUCCUGCUGCCAUUAAAGAUUUAUACAUGCUGUCUAGCACCGUGUCCUCCAAAAUCUUAAGAGCAGUCGCACUUAAGGAAGGAUUUCACUUUGAAGAAACAUUAACAGGAUUCAAGUGGAUGGGAAAUCGAGCCAAGCAGCUCAUAGACCAAGGGAAAACAGUUGCAUUUGCCUUUGAAGAAGCUAUUGGGUAUAUGUGCAGCCCUGUGGUCUUGGAUAAGGAUGGUGUCAGUGCCGCAGUCAUAACUGCAGAGAUGUCUAGUUUUCUGGCAACUAAGAACUUAACUUUGUCUCAGCAACUGAAAACUAUUUACAAUGAGUAUGGUUACCAUGUUACCAAAGCUUCCUAUUUUAUCUGUCAUGAUCAGAAGAUUAUUAAGGAGUUGUUUGACAAACUUAGAAAUUAUGAUGGGAAGAAUACUUAUCCAAAGAGCUGUGGGAAAUUCACAGUGUCUGGAGUGAGAGAUUUAACUACUGGCUAUGACAGUAACCAAGCUGAUAAAAAAGCUGUGCUUCCCACCAGUAAAAGCAGCCAAAUGAUAACAUUUACAUUUAAUAAUGGAUGUGUGGCUACCAUGCGAACCAGUGGAACUGAACCCAAAAUCAAAUACUACACAGAGCUUUGUGCACCUCCUGGAAACAGUGACUUUGAAAAGCUGAAGAAAGAACUGGAUGAACUGGUCAAUGCUAUUGAAAAAUACUUCUUUGAGCCAGAGAAGAAUAAGCUGCAGACCAAGCCAGAGUGAUACAGCUGUCCUUGUUUUAGUUUCUAUUAAAGCAAUGCUUUUAAUGGUUAAUUGGGCAAUAUGUAUAAAGCACUUGUUUUAAAGAAUUGAGAUUCCACAAACUUGACUGUAAUUUAGCCCCUUUGAGAAGUAUGUUAGCAUGUUUUAGCUGUCAUACAUCCUUGAAUUUUAAGAGGAAAUAUGUCUUCCCUUGGUAAAUUCUUCUUCAUUCAACUAAUUUCCUAAUGAAAUUGCAUUUGGUUUUAAUAAAAUAGUUGUUAUUACAUGUU